AUACUCGCGACUAACCGUCAUCUCAGUACAGCAACAGUCUAAACUCAACUGUAGAGUCUGAUCUUGUUUCUUUAUCAAGUGACGUACGCCCAAAUUAUUAAACAACAUCUUCCCUCUCCGACGAUGAUUCUUCCUGAAGAGAUUGUUCUUUCAAGCGGUAUUUUUAAAUGCUCCAACCUCUUCCUCUUCGUGUGGGAUAAGGAGGAGGAAGGACAGACUAUAUGUGUUGAUGCUAAUAACUAACGUGUAUACGAAAUCCACGAGAACUUCCACCAAAUCCUGUUAAAAUCCGCUAGAAAAUCCGCAAUCCGCAAGAGGGCUAUACCUGGGGUCCACAACCUGUAUACUGUACACUAGUCGGCCACUUAAUGGUACAAGUAAUCAGUGAUCGGCCGCAGGUGUACUGAGCCGACAUGUCAGCACUGUAUUCCACAAAAUUUUACGUUCUCACUGGGCCAGUCUCACGCAACAGUAUGGACCCUGACCACUAGCAGUUAUUGUGGCUAACCUGUGCCACCUUACCUGCAGGACACCCUUGGUCAGAAGAACUACAAGAGAACUACAGCAGAAUUACAGGAGAACUUCAGGAGAACUACAGAAGGACUACAGGAACCUACAGAAGCACACAAUGGGUGACACGGCUGCCUCCUUCAGCGUAUCUGAUUAUCUAGUGUUCACAGCCUCCCUCGCCAUCUCUUUUGGAAUAGGAGUUUACCAGUGGUGGAGGAGUCGAGGGCGAGGUACUGACGACUUUCUGAUGGGGGGCGGCAAGAUGUCACCCUUCCCUGUCGCUCUGUCUCUCCUGGCUGGCAUUGUAUCAGCUAUAUCUAUCCUAGGUAACUCUUCCGAGAUGUAUUACUACGGGUCUCAGUUAUGGAUGAAUGUGUUCGGGGUGAUGCUAGGAGCGACCCUCACUGCCCUCCUCAUCAUGCCUAUCAUAUACCCUCUUAAGCUCAUCAGUAUAUACCAGAUUCUGGAGGUGCGAUGGAAGUCACCCCUACUGAGGAAGCUGGUGACUGUGACACAGGUGGGGAACAUCUUCAUCUUCUUGGGUAUAGCCAUGUACGCACCGUCCCUGGCUAUCUCCUCCAUAACACCCAUCCCGACCAACGUGUCAAUCAUCGUGCUGGCCGUCAUCUGUUCCCUCUAUGCUUCCCUGGGUGGAGCCAAAGCCGUGGUGUACACCGACACCUUCCAGACGUUUGUAAUGUUCGCUGGAGUCAUCGUGGUCAUCAUCCAGGGCUGUGCUGAGGUCGGCGGCGGUACAAACUCCUGGAACAUUGAUGACCAACACGGACGUAUCGAAUUCUUUAACAUGGAUCCUAGUCCACUUGAGCGCCACACCUUCAUGACCACACUAAUCCUAGGCACAUACUUUGGCCUUAACACUUAUGGUUCAUCUCAAGUACAGUUCCAGCGUUGGGGAUCAGUCGGCACCUUGAGGGAGUCUUAUAUGGUGAUGGUCGCCAGCGUGGUGUGUCUGGUGGUCAUGUGGUCGCUUAUCAACUACGCCGGGUUGGUCGUCUUCUCCGUCUACGCUGACUGUGACCCUCUGACAGCUGGCUACAUUGAGAAGCCAGAUCAGAUUCUUGUGUAUUUCGUAGUAGACAAACUUGGUUACCUGCCGGGGGUACCUGGUCUGUUUGUGGCUGCCGUCUACAGUGGAGUGCUCAGUUCUGUUUCAUCAUCACUUAACGCCAUUGCUGCAAUGAUCUGGACAGACCUCCUGCAGCCCACCAAAAGGUUUGCUAAUACCAGUGAAGCGAAGGCCAAGAACAUUACCGUUGCUAUUUCCAUGGUGUCCGGUAUUGGAGCUAUGGUUAUCGGGAUUCUCGCCGGCUCAAUGGGUGGGCUGGUGCAAGUGAGUUAUGCCAUUAGUGGUGCUAUUGCUGGACCAAUCGCAGGCCUCGUCCUCACAGCCAUCUUGUGCCCCUGGGUCAAGUCUUUGAGUGCGACACUGGGUAUGUUGUGUGGUCUUCUUUUCAAUAUGUGGAUUGUUGUGGGAAACUUCCUGUAUGCUCCACCACCUACAAAGUUGCCCUUGUCAACUGAAGGUUGUCCAGACGCUAACUUUACCACCACAGCCGCUGAAGCUACAACCUUCUUACCACUGACUACUACAUCUGUUGACCCACACCAUGACUCGUCAGAUGUGUUCCCACUUUAUCUCCUCUCCUAUUGCCUCUUUGGUGCCAUAGGCUUACUCACAUCCCUGGUCAUGUCUACAGUCUUCUCUUGUUUCUUCGGUUUCACUCAGCUGUCGGAUGUCCCAGAGAAGGCAGUGAACAAAACUUGCCUUCGGUUCUUCCACUGGCUAAAACCUGAGAAACCAUAUCUACUCUGAGAAGGAAACGCCCAUGAUAUAACGAAGUGGGAAACAUCACAGUAGCAACAAGGACCCACCGUGUUUGGCGACUCACCGUGUUUGGCUACCCACCGUGUUUGGCGACCCACCGUGUUUGGCGACCCACCGUGCUUGGCGACCCACCGUGCUUGGCGACCCACCGUGUUUGGCUACCCACCGUGUUUGGCGACCCACCCUGUUUGGCUACCCACCAACAUGUAAUAGUUUGUAUCUCCACAAGUGUGGCGGACAACACAAAAUGCACAAGUAAGUAUAUGUUCUCUUCAGAGUAAGGCUUAUAAGUGCCUGUAUAGGUUUGUAAAUUUAACAUUGUAACAGAAGCUUCAGGUGUAACCAACUUAUAACUGUAAUAGAUAAAGACAUUAAGUUGUAAGGACCAUUAUUGUCAACACUCCUCGCACCACAGCUGCUGAGGUUAUACUGUAGUCUUACCUCAACUGAUCACGACACGUCCACCCCAGUAGACUGGUUGGACGUUUCACUAAUUUCUGAUAAAUCUAACACAACUAAUGAUAAUUUUAACUGCUUGUCAAGAAAUAUUGAUCUUAGACAAACAAAUGACCGUUGAAUGACAGAGAGCUGGCAGUAGAACUCUAUAUAAUUUACUACUGUUUCUAAGACUUGGAUGUUGGCAAUGACGUAGAAAAAGAGUUAAGUGAUAAAAACCUAGGAGGGUGUGUAAACCCUGACAAAAAUGACGGUAAAACAAUAGUAUAGAAGAGGAAGCUCUUAGGUACGUUGGUGGCUGUAUUGUAAGAAGGUAUUGUGUGAAAUACCCUCACUUAGGACAAAAAGUCACUGAGUGCACAUCCAUGACCAAACAUGGACAGAAGAAAUAAACAGAGGUGAACUGUAUGUUCCUUCUGACACUCUAUUAACCAUUAUGAGAGACGUAUUUAAGGCUGUACAUGGGAACAGUCUUAUGGAGGGAAAAGACUGUUUCAAAACAAUUAUGUCUGAGAUAGAGAGUUGAUGUAGUACCCCAUGAUGUCUUAUCCUUCUUUGACAAACUAUCUGUGUUCCUUAAACUGAACAGUAGUAUUAAGUUAGAUUUGCGGAAGUGAAAAUAGAAAAUUUAUGAAAAUAUCAAAAUGAUAGUUGGAAAAACAGAUUGUCUUGGGUUACAGUUGAUGUAAAUAAUAUAUGUUAUUUAUUUAUAACCUAUGUGUGUAAAUAAAAUAUAAAUUAUCA